CUCUGGUACUCGGUCUUUUCUGUUUCAAGAUCAUCUAGAAACUCACUGAUAGAACACUGAGCAAUGGGAAGAUCACCAUGUUGUGAUAAAAAUGGACUGAAGAAAGGUCCAUGGACACAAGAGGAGGAUCUCAAACUCAUGGAAUAUAUUCAACUUCAUGGACCUGGUAAUUGGCGAACCCUUCCCAAGAACGCUGGACUUCAACGAUGUGGAAAAAGUUGUCGCCUUCGAUGGACAAACUACUUGAGGCCUGAUAUCAAAAGAGGAAGAUUCUCAUUUGAAGAAGAAGAAACUAUCAUUCAACUACACAGUAUGCUGGGGAAUAAGUGGUCAGCAAUUGCUGCUCGUUUACCUGGAAGAACCGACAAUGAAAUCAAAAACUACUGGAACACCCACAUUCGCAAGAGGCUACUCAGAAAUGGAAUCGAUCCAGUGACUCAUAGUCCUCGUCUCGAACUCAUGGACCUUUCUUCCAUACUCAACUCAGCUCAACUAAAUCUCUCAAACCUUUUGAACCUCCAUACGCUUGUAAAUCCCGAAGUCCUUAGGCUUGCCACUCUAUUAGCCACAUCCUCAAAUCAAGAAAACCAAGAUUUGUUUUUCAAUAACCAAAUCAAUCCUAUGAACCAAACUCUUCAUCAUCAGCUUCCAAACUGCAGUUCCAUUCCAACAAGUGUUCCAAGUACUCAGCUUUUGAAUCAAGAGAGUCACAGUGAUCAGUAUUUUUCACCAAACUUGGUUAACAUGAAUGGCCAAGUUGUUGAUGGAAAUUUCAUGCCCCCAUGCAUAUCGAAUGAUCUUGUUACCAUUCCAAACCAAACGCAAAGUGAUCAAUAUAGGGCACAGACAUCAGAGACCUCGAGUUUCGAGCCAUCAAGUGUAGAAAAUAAAUACAACCCUACAAGCCAGAACUUCAACUUUGAUUCGGUUUUAUCAACACCCAUGUCAAGUCCUACGCCGCUGAACUCAUCAUCAACUUUCGUCAACAGCAGCUCCACUGAGGAUGACAGAGAAACUUACUGCAGCAUGUUUAAAUUUGAGAUUCCAGAAAGCUUUGAGUUUGAAGAUUUCAUGUUAUAGCUAGCUAGUACGAC